CCCUGAGCGCCAUGGCCGGCUCGGAGCAGCCGGCGGCGCGGCGGGAGGACGGCGAGGCGCCGCUGCCCGCGGAGGACGCGGAGCUGGCGCUGGCCGGCAUCAACAUGCUGCUCAACAACGGCUUCCGCGAGUCCGACCAGCUCUUCAAGAAGUACCGAAACCAUAGCCCGUUAAUGAGUUUCGGAGCCAGUUUUGUCAGUUUUUUGAAUGCUAUGAUGACAUUUGAAGAAGAGAAAAUGCAACUGGCAUGUGAUGACUUAAAGGCUACGGAAAAACUUUGUGAGAGUGAAGAAGCUGGAGUUAUUGAAACGAUCAAAAAUAAAAUUAAAAAGAACGUCGAUGGACGAAAAUCCACUGUAUCCAUGAUUGAUCGACUACAAAGACAAAUAAUUGUAGCUGACUGUCAAGUCUACUUGGCUGUGCUGUCCUUUGUAAAACAGGAAUUAUCAGCGUACAUAAAAGGUGGGUGGAUCCUCCGAAAAGCCUGGAAAAUUUACAAUAAGUGCUAUACGGACAUUAACACCCUUCAGGAAAUUUAUCAGAAGAAAACCACUCAGGACUCCUUGACUUCUGAUGCUGCAAAUGAUAAUCAUAUUGCUGCAGAAGGUGUAACGGAGGAUUCGCUAAACAGACUGAAAGGUGCUGUUAGCUUUGGAUAUGGACUUUUUCAUCUUUGCAUAUCCAUGGUGCCCCCAAACCUGCUCAAAAUCAUCAACCUGCUGGGUUUUCCUGGAGACCGCCUACAGGGGCUUUCCUCACUGAUGUAUGCAAGUGAAAGUAAGGACAUGAAGGCCCCUUUAGCUACAUUAGCUUUGUUGUGGUACCACACGGUUGUUCGUCCCUUUUUUGCUCUUGAUGGCAGUGAUAACAAAGCAGGAUUGAAAGAGGCAAAAGAGAUUCUUGCAAAAAAAGAAUCUGCUUAUCCAAAUUCUUCUCUGUUCAUGUUCUUCAAGGGAAGGAUACAGCGAUUAGAGUGUCAAAUCAAUAGUGCCUUGACCUCGUUUCAUACGGCUUUGGAACUUGCCACAGACCAGAGGGAGAUCCAACACGUCUGCUUAUAUGAAAUAGGCUGGUGCAGUAUGAUAGAGAUGAAUUUCCAAGAUGCAUUUGAAUCUUUUGAAAGGCUUAAAAAUGAAUCCAGGUGGUCCCAGUGCUACUAUGCUUAUUUGACAGCAGUGUGUCAAGGAGCCACUGGUGAUGUCCAUGGUGCUCAGAAUGUCUUCAAGGAAGUGCAGAAGCUUUUCAAAAGAAAAAACAAUCAAAUUGAACAAUUUUCAGUGAAAAAGGCAGAUAGGUUUAGAAAACAAAUGCCAACCAAAGAGCUCUGUGUCUUGGCAUCCAUCGAGGUGUUGUACUUAUGGAAAGCCCUUCCAAACUGUUCCCUCUCCAACCUACAACAUAUGAGCCAAGCUUGUCAAGAUGUUGAUGAUUCAUCUGCGGUUGGUUUGAGGAAUCUGCUUCUUGGUGCCAUACACAAAUGCUUGGGAAAUUUUCAAGAUGCCGUUCAGUUUUUUCAGCGAGCUGCUAAAGAUGAGCUGUGCCGUCAAAACAACUUGUACGUUCAGCCAUACGCCUGCUAUGAGCUGGGCUGUCUUCUGCUGGACAAUCCAGAGACUGUGCCAAGAGGCAAAACUUUACUUCUCCAAGCUAAGGAAGAAUUUACUGGCUAUGAUUUUGAGAACAGAUUGCACGUCCGCAUACAUGCAGCCUUAGCUUCUCUGAAGGAAGUUGUUCCACAGUGAUGGACCGAAAGUCGCGUUAUCGUUUCCCACAGUUUCUGCACUUUACGAUAAAGCAGAGGAUUAAGCUGUUGGGAAGACCAGCUUUUCUUCUGAAAAACCAUUUGUGCCAGAGACACUUUGCUAAUAUGUUCAGAGUUGUUACAGCUUAGUAAAAUAUCACAAUUUUAAUUAAAAAUAAAUCAACCAGGAUGAGGGUUAAGUGACCUUGUGUUUUUAACUCUUCAGUUAUUAUUUUGUUUCAACAAAGCCGAACACAAUUACUUGUAACUCUGCAGGUGAGCCUAAAUAAGCACACAUGUGAUUUACUUGGACAAUUUUGGCAGUGGUUUUUUUAGUUGUUUUUUUUUGGCUUUUUAAUUUUUUUUUUUAACUUUUAAAAUACAUCUAAAUUAUGCUCUCUAAGGGGAACAGUAUUCUGUUUUGCUUAGAAUAAUACAAUAGAAGUAACAGGUGUAAAUGUUGACAUUGGAAAUGGACCGAACGCUUUUUCUUUGAGGAUUAGCCAAUACAGUGGGUACAAGGAGAGGAAGCUGUUCAGCUACAAAAAGUAGGAAGUUUUCUUAGGAAAUUUUAGGAGGUUAUUUCAGUGGCUGGACCAUGAUGUGUGAAUUUUGAAGCUCACAUUCCUUCCUUUCUUCGUCCUCCCCACCCGACUCCCGAUAUAAAUUAUGUCAAUAUUUAGGAUCUCUGCUUCUGGUACAUUCCAGCUAAAUAUUUCCUUGGAUUGACAUGCCAUUACUGGGGCGGGGGGAGGCAGUUCUUAUUUCUGCUCGUAGUAUUCCGAAUAGCGCAUUAAAUGACAUUGGCCGGAUCUUGUAAUUUAAGUGACUUCCCCUUCAGGUGGCUGCAUCUUCGUGGCAGUGGCCUUUAAAGGUGUUAAGGAACAAACCAACCAAAAGCCUCUUUCACUCCCCCUACCAAUAGCACAAUAUCCUAAAUCUCCCAAUGGUAUUCCAAACCUGUGGUGUUAAGGUACUGAAAUACCUCAGGACAGCUUAAACCUUUAUGGUGACCAUAUAUUGUGUAAUACUUGGCCAUAUGUGUGCUUGUGCAGUUACGUGUACUUUUGUCUGCAAGACGUGUCCCUCACCGUGUAUAUUCAGUUAAUAUUAUAUGCUAGGAAAGGCAAUAUUUUUUUAAAGAAACUUAUGAAUGGAAAUCUGGCCAGAAAGUUAGUAGAAUUAUGUUACUUGGCAAACCGAAGAAAACUGGAUUUCCUUGGAAGUAGUUAUUGAGAAGCCUUAUCUUUACUUUGGUCAGGUUGCCUUAAGCAGUUCCUUAGCUUAAACCGGUUUUCUUUUCUUACCUUUUUGCGGAAUAUGUUGCCAAAGUUUUAAAGCCUGCCCGCACCUAACCUUCAUUGAUUUGCUUUUGAGGGUGCAUCUAAAGCAAGACUGACAUGGAGGAGGAAAGUAAUAUCCAAUAUCCUAUUUGGUAGGCCGGAUGAAAAGGUUGACACACUUCUUGCCCUCCAGAAAUACACAACUUCUGCUAUGAAAGGCAUUCCUAGAGCAGUUGGGCACUUCUUUGGCAGGCCAUGAAGGAGGGGAGCAACUAACACUAAAAAUACAUAAAUAAAAAUCUAUAAUCUGGGUACGUUAUGGGUAGUAAACUGAUUUGUCAUUCAGAUUUACCAGUAAUGUCGAGUCACAAAGGAGUGUUCAAUCUAAUUUGAAGUGGCCCGUCCAAAUGAAGUACUGAAUAGGAAACAACAUACUGUGUGUAUAUAUAUAGUGACUUCUUAGGACUCUAAUCAUAAUUUUAGAAAUGGAUGUGAAAUCUUAUUUUGUCCUGUCUGAUUUUUAUAUUCUGCAAACAGAGACGUAGUCCACUCUGGGUAAAUAGCUAGGAACAGUUACUGACAAAAAUAUUAAACACACUGCUUAAACGUAAUGCGAGCCUGGGCUGUUGAGGACACUCAGCACCUGCACGCAGUUGGAGCUGGGGUAUCUCGGACCCACAUGCAGUUGGAGUUGGGGUGUCUCGGGCCCACAUGUGUGGGGGUGUUGGCGAGCUGUGGUGAACUGAUGGGGCAGCCUGUCCGCUCCAGACCACAAGUGUCAGGGAGACACGAGGUGUCCGUGCGGCUGCCCCGCUCCGGGCAAGCGGCGCUUAGGGAAUCAUCGUGGAAACGGAGCCGUCGGUGUCCGGAUCUUUUCCCCUCAGAGGAGGGUCUCCAGAGUCGUAAAUGUGCAAAUUCUUUUAUUUUUCCACUUAGAUUGUGCCUGUGAUGAGCGAUUAGCUGUAUUUUGUGUGGACAGUUACGGGGUUUUUGUUUGUUUUUCUACUUUGGAACUCGGAGGCAUGGUCUAAUAGCAAUAAUGGAAUAUGCAUCUUGCUAGUUAAUAUAUUAAGGCUAUCUUUCCUGGGUCAGGUAUUUUUGUUGAUGUUGAAGAAGUUUUUAUCUCAAUAUGACUCAUUCUAGAUAAAUAACUAGAAUUUUUAGAUGUCACAAUAUGGCAUAUUUAUUGUGAUGUACUGUAAAUGUUAAUUUACAGAACUUGCACUUUUAUAUUUCUGAGUAAAAUUAAAAAAAAUGUGACUAUGAGUUUUGUUCCGUUGUUCGUCGAAUUUGCCUUUAAUUAGCGGCCUCCUGAAUGAGAUGAUCCUAAGGACAGGGAAAACUUCUGGGCUGCCGAGUGACUCUGUGACAAAGUUUUUAGUCAGCAAUUACCUCAGCUUUUGUUCUUCCAGCUUAACAACAGUCUCCCGGUUUAGCAAGUGAGUUACAUGUGUCAUGUUGAGAUCAACUGUAGAAUGAACAAGAUCUAACAUACGCUCUUAAGACAUGAAAUUUUCUUGCUUCUCAUUUUAAAAAGAGGAAAAACGAAAAAUGUAUUCUCUGUAUCUGUACACCUCUGCAAUGCUUCUGACUUACUCUAAAGCGAGCACUUUAGUUUCUCCU